AUGUCAUCCCAAGAUCAGAACCGGGCAAGCACGAGUUCCACCAGAGGUUCGUCAGAUAUCGAACAACAUGGCAGAAUACAAUCAGAAAUGGAGAUGUCCGAAACUACGUUGACCGAACAGUACGAGCCCAUCCAGUUUGCUAAGCCUGUCAGUAAAACAACGGUCACUUUACCUCCAAAUGACACCACGAAGGACAAGAACAAACUCACUGGGGAACUCAAUGAGCCUACGGUGUUCGCCCAUCGGCGGGCAUCUCACCUGUAUGGUGUCAACCUGAACCACCGGAUGUCCAUCUACAGCACAACUCGCCCCGUGUUGACCCGAGCAUAUUUUCAAGGACGGGUAUACAAUUUUUUGGAGAGACCGUCAGGUUGGAAAUGCUUCGUGUAUCAUUUCACUGUGUUCCUCAUUGUCCUGUCUUGCCUGAUUCUCAGUGUGUUGUCCACCAUUGAAGAAUACCAGACUCUUGCACACGACACACUGUUCUGGGUGGAAAUUGUCCUGGUGGUCCUCUUUGGUGUAGAAUAUGUGGUGCGGCUCUGGUCAGCAGGGUGUCGUAGUAAAUAUGUGGGAAUCUUGGGAAGACUGCGCUUUGCACGGAAACCCAUCUCUAUCAUUGACCUGAUUGUAGUGGUGGCUUCCAUCAUUGUGUUGGCUGUAGGGUCUAAUGGCCAGGUGUUUGCAACCUCUGCAGUUAGAGGAAUCCGCUUCCUGCAGAUCUUACGGAUGCUGCAUGUGGAUCGGCAAGGAGGGACCUGGCGUCUGCUUGGAUCGGUGGUCUUCAUACAUCGACAGGAGUUGAUCACAACCCUAUAUAUUGGGUUUCUGGGCUUGAUCUUCUCCUCCUACUUUGUGUACCUUGCUGAGAAGGACGCUGUGGACAGCAGUGGAACUACAGAGUUUGGCAGCUAUGCAGAUGCUUUGUGGUGGGGAGUGGUGACAGUCACUACUAUUGGCUACGGGGACAAGGUGCCUCAGACCUGGGUCGGAAAGACAAUUGCAUCCUGUUUCUCUGUCUUUGCCAUAUCUUUUUUUGCCCUUCCUGCAGGCAUCCUGGGCUCCGGCUUUGCUCUGAAGGUCCAGCAGAAACAGAGGCAAAAACACUUCAACAGGCAAAUCCCUGCCGCUGCUUGUCUAAUUCAGUCCUGCUGGAGGUGUUUUGCCAUAGAGAAUCCUGAUUCUGCCACUUAUAAGAUGUUUGUUAAGAGAAGACCAGUAGUGCUCAGCCCAUCUGUGUCCACACCAAAGCCUAAGAAGACGGGAAAACUGAAGAGAAAGCUGAAGAGUGUAGACAAAGAUUAUGAACCAAGUUCUCCCACUGUUCCCAGCAUUACUUUCGGCUAUGUGUGUGACAAUGGGAAAGACAAUGACCAUGAUGCCUUCAGCCCUUUGCCCUCAGCAGGAGCUGAAGCUCUGAGAAGAUGCGACCGACAGCAAUCAUGGACCUCCAUUUCCUCCUUGCAGCUCUCUCCAGCUGCAGUGAAGAAAGGCUCUGGAUUAUUGGACGUCCAGUCCCAUCAUCCUCUGCAGAGGAACAGUAGUUUUGCUGAUGAUCUGGAGCUGGAGGCAGAGAAAGAGAGUGCGCUCGCUCCAGUCGCACAUAUCUCACAGUUGCGGGAAUCCCACAGAGCAGCCAUCCGUGUCAUUCAGAAAAUACGUUAUUUGGUGGCCAAAAGGAAAUUUCAGCAAGCGCGGAAGCCCUAUGAUGUGCGAGACGUGAUUGAACAGUAUUCUCAGGGUCAUCUCAACCUCAUGGUGCGAAUCAAAGAGCUUCAGAGGAGACUGGAUCAGUCUUUGGGAAAGUUAGCCUUCUUCCAGACCAGUUCAGAGCGAGUGAAAGACAAAGGCACGAACACCAUCGGCUGCAGACUCAGCAGGAUGGAGGACAAGAUCACUCACAUGGAUAAAACCCUCAGUCGCUUGGCAGAGUCCCUCAGCGUACUGCUAGACAGAGAGGGACAGAGUGGAGUUGCCACAGGGCAGGAGAGCAUCGCUGCCCGACGUCGGGAAGCAUUUAGGAUGGUUACGCAGAACAGUCUGCCCAGUUAUGAACAACUCACCAUCCCCAUCCCCACCCCCUCACAGGACGAGAGCUCCUGA